AUGUCAGAAUCUUCUCAACCGUCCACAGCCAACAUCGCAGCUGCAUGUGCCAUACUCGCUGGCGUCACUGGCUAUAUGCUCGGGCAGGCAAAAUCUCUCGGCUUCUUUGGCGGAAGUCCUAUUUCACAGCCAGUAAAAUCGAAGAAAGAAAAGGCGGACGACUCGGAAGACGAAUCGAGCGAUAACGAGGACGACAGUACACCAGCCGACUUUCCAGGCCAGGAAGAAUGCAAAAUGGUCCUAGUAGUGCGAACAGAUCUCGGCAUGACAAAGGGCAAAAUCGGUGCGCAGUGCGGGCAUGCGACACUGGCUUGCUACAAGCACUUCCUCCGAACCUCACCAGACUCCAAUAUACUCAAGCGUUGGGAGCGACUAGGACAAGCCAAGGUCGCGUUGCAGGUCAAGACUGAAGAAGAGCUAGAACUGUUGCAGGCGCAAGCACUGAGUCUUGGUCUGGUAGCACACAUUAUCCAUGACGCUGGGCGGACACAGAUUGCAAGCGGAAGUGCGACUGUACUAGGCAUUGGACCUGCGCCAAAGAGUGUCAUAGAUCAGGUCACCGGGCAUCUCAAGCUGCUGUAA